AUGGGGCGACUCAUCAAGAACCACUGGGCGCGACUAAUUUGCAUGACCGCCGCGACCUACCAAAUCGCUGCCUCAAUAGAAGGUUUCUUCUGGCCCAAAUUCUUCUUCGACUUCCUCACAAAGAACCUCGACGGCUUCGUUAAACCUAUCCCAUAUCUCCAAAUUCUAAACUUGCUCUGCGGCAUCAUCACCCUCGUCUACGAAUGGCCGCUGGGUUUCGUCGCGGGGACGGCGGUCCAGCAGAGCCUCGAGGCGAGACUGUUCUGGUUGCCACUGACGAGUUUGCUCGCCGUGCUCAUGUAUCAGAGUACGAAUCCGGCGAUAUAUUAUCUUGUGGGGCUGGGAGUGUAUUUCUGGGCAUAUUGUGAUGGGGAGGUCAUCUGCGCCGUCCCAUGGACAUUACCACGUAGGAGUUCUACCACGACCACAGCUACAGCCAAGAAAGUCGCCCCAUCACCACCACUUCCUCCACCACCUCCGCAACGAGAAACACAACAAUUCCAAGGGCAGCAAAUGCCGAUGGCGGGAGCGAGAGGGCAUGGGAAUGCGCAUGGGGUGCCCUUUUGA